GACAUGUCAUUGCCUUUUUUCCUAGUCAUCUGGAAAUCUGGGAGAAUGGCAGACAUAGACAACAAAGAACAGUCUGAACUUGAUCAACAGGAUAUGGAAGAUGUUGAAGAAGUUGAAGAAGAAGAAACUGGUGAAGAUGCCAAUAGCAAAGCUCGACAGUUGACUGUGCAGAUGAUGCAAAAUCCUCAGAUUCUUGCAGCCCUUCAGGAAAGACUUGAUGGUCUGGUAGGAACAUCUACAGGAUAUAUAGAGAGCUUGCCUAAAGUUGUUAAAAGACGUGUGAAUGCCCUCAAGAACCUUCAAGUUCAGUGUGCACAGAUAGAAGCAAAGUUCUAUGAGGAAGUUCAUGAGCUGGAAAGAAAGUAUGCUGCUCUCUAUCAGCCCUUAUUUGACAAGCGAAGUGAAAUCAUCAAUGCCAUUUAUGAACCUACAGAGGAAGAAUGUGAAUGGAAAGCAGACGUUGAAGAAGAAAUUUCAGAGGAAAUGAAAGAGAAAGCCAAGCUUGAAGAUGAAAAAAAAGAUGAAGAAAAAGAAGACCCUAAAGGAAUUCCUGAGUUUUGGCUGACAGUAUUCAAGAACGUGGACUUGCUCAGUGAUAUGGUUCAGGAACAUGAUGAACCUAUCCUGAAACACUUAAAAGAUAUAAAAGUGAAAUUUUCAGAAGCUGGACAGCCUAUGAGUUUCACCUUAGAAUUUCAUUUUGAACCAAAUGACUACUUCACAAAUGAAGUAUUGACAAAGACAUAUAGAAUGAGGUCAGAGCCAGAUGAUUCUGAUCCCUUCUCCUUUGAUGGACCGGAAAUCAUGGGUUGUACAGGUUGCCAAAUAGACUGGAAAAAAGGAAAGAAUGUUACUUUGAAAACCAUUAAGAAGAAACAGAAACAUAAGGGUCGUGGAACAGUUAGAACAGUGACAAAAACUGUUUCCAAUGAUUCUUUCUUCAACUUCUUUAGUCCUCCUGAAGUUCCUGCAAGUGGAGACCUGGAUGAUGAUGCUGAGGCAAUCCUUGCUGCAGACUUUGAAAUAGGUCAUUUCUUGCGUGAACGUAUAGUCCCCCGAUCAGUGUUGUACUUCACAGGAGAAGCUAUUGAAGAUGAUGAUGAUGAUUAUGAUGAAGAAGGUGAAGAGGCAGAUGAUGAGGGGGAAGAAGAAGCAGAUGAAGAAAAUGAUCCUGAUUAUGACCCAAAAAAGGAUCAAAACCCAGCAGAAUGCAAGCAGCAGUGAAGCAGUGUGUAUGUGGCCUUGAGGAUUACCUGCACUGUAAUAGCCUAAACACAACUAUUAGUUACUUACAGCCUUAUGUUUUGUAUCUUGGUAGGAUUAAGUAACCAAUUUGUUAAAAAAGAAAUCAAACACCUAAGAACCAGUUUAAAAUGUAGGUUCAAUCUACCUAGCAUUUUAACAGUAUAAUUUUCUGCCAAUAUGUAGAAUGCAGUAAAUCCCCUAAAGCAUGAAUGUUAAUUCAUUGCUACAUAGUUUGGUUCUUGUGAAGUCUUUGUCAUGUAGCUAUUAGACUGCAGCUGUGAAGAUUAUCAGAACUGUUAACUGAGACCAAUAUUUGUUUAGAGGAAACUCUCUCCUGAAGAACCAACCAAAGUAUUUUUCAGCCCAGUAGUCUCAACGGGUUUAAGUCUGCUUGCACUAGCUGUGCCUUCAUUACUUUGUUAUAGAAAUGGCAGUGACAUGUACUAACUAGGAGAUGGUGAUGCAUUUUGAAUUUGACUACUUGAGAAGACUAGUAUAACUUGUUUAAUUUCCAACGAGACCACAUUAAACAUUCAUAACUGUCAGCUUGUUUAUGCUAUGGGUUUUGUAUUUUAUGUGACAUAGUGAUCUACAAAAGAAACCUAGUCAUCAUAUUAAGGUUAUUGUUUACCACUGGGGUGUGAAUAAAACCUAGUAUUUUCAGAAGCUA